GUUCCCGAGCAGCUGAGUUGCUAUUUCUAAAGAGAUAAUCGUCUGUUUGGGGAUCAGAAGAGAAAUGGCGCUGGAGACUUUGUGUGCAAUUUGCAGGAUUUAACAACAACAAAAAAAAGAAAAGAGGCGUUUGCAGAGCGUCGGAGGCUCGGCUCGGCUCGCAGGGCGUCCUGGCUGCAAAAGUUUUGGGUUAGAGGAGGAGGAGGUGUGUGUGUGUGCUUGUUUUGAAUUGCAGUGCCUGCGUUGCAUUUAUGAGUAAGAAGACUGGGAAGAAUUGCACCGUUCAUAAGGGGCACCGUCGAAGAAUUCAGGAAGGGGAAGGGGGUGGAGGGGUGGGGAGAGAGCGGGAGGGGGUGGGGGGAAAGCAAAGCACUGGAUCCUUUGUAAAUGAGAAAUGGAAAGUUUGGGGUCAUUGGACAAGCAGUUGGAGAAGCAUGCCCGCCCGGUGGAUUAUUUGCACCAGAGGUACGCGAGUAGUUGCGAGAAUACUUUCAACUCGUGGAAUGAUUACUUGGGUCUGACCACAUUGGUGAGCAAAGCUGUCAACCAGGCGGGCCAGAGCGGGCUACACCCGGGCAGCGAGCUGAGCCUUCAGUCCCGGGCACCCUACCUCGCCCGGUCCCUGGAACUGAGUCACCUGCCUCUGUGCUCCCACCACGGCGACCUGCUGGGCUCCGACCUGGAGGAGAGGUUCGCCGAGUUCAACCCUUUCUCUCCUGGAUCCAGCCCUCUCUUGGCUUACACGGGGGGAGGCGAGGAGGAGCAGCAGCAGCAACUACUGCUACAACAACAACGGCACCAUCAGCCAAGGCACCAGCACCGCCUGGACCGGGAGCAGGUGGGCUGGAACCGAGUGGACGUGAUCAUGAUGGACGACAAAAGCCACCUACAUCUCCCUCACUCUCAUCACCACAACAACCAGCAUCACCACCACCAGGCAGCUGGUCACCACCAGCGAGGCGCCAGGGCCAAGCCGGAGCUGCAGAUAUGCGUGUUCUGCAGGAACAACAACGAGUCUGUCACCCUCUACACCACCCACAUCCUCAAAAGUCCCGAUGGGAGAGUACUGUGCCCCAUCCUGAGAAGGUACACAUGUCCCCUGUGCGGUGCCAACGGCGACAACGCGCACACCAUCAAGUAUUGCCCACUCUCCAAGCUCCAGCCCACCAUCCCCAAACUGAAGACCAGAAACUGCAUUGGCAAGAGGGUCCGUUAAUAAGGAGCCCACCAAGGCAGCGUGAGUCGAAUUAAGUUCGUGUCCUGAUCAAAGCUUCGUAGACUAAUAUGUGGACUUGUAUUAAGACUAUUUUGAGUACGGGAUAAACGUUUUAUAGUGACUGAAUGUAUACUCUUUUUGUCUAAAUUUGUUUACAAUCUAAUAUUUCUGGUGGAAAAUCCGAGACCAGAAAUCUACCUCAGUUAUAUAAAUAUAGAGUUUAUGGAAAUGAGAGAACGCCAUAAUCAAUUUUUUUGUUUUUAAAUCCGCUAUGUGCAUUUCGUUUUCAGAAAAAAAAAUUAAGGUAACUGGAACAGUGAUAUAUUGUAGAUGUAUUUUGAUUUAAUUAAAAAGUAGCAAAUGUUACAUUCGAAAGUGAAAUGUAAAACAGAUUUAAAGAUUACUAAUAAGUAACUGUGUUAACAGUACCGGAGCCAAUAAAUUUUCACGUUUUAGCAA